AUGGCGGAGCCGGCGGGUGGGACGAGCAAGCGCAGCCGGGACAACCUGAAGCGGUACGACGGGGUCACGCUCAUGGAGGGGAUGGUGCCGUGCGAGAAGGAGCGCAGAGAGGCCGCGGACUGCCGCUUGAAGCACGCAGCAAGCGUGCGCCAGGUCCAGGCGGGCGCGAUGGAGCCGGACCGGGAGGUCUGCAGGCCGCUCUUCAUGCGGUACCAGGAGUGUUUGCGGAGCGAGGAGCUGGCCAAGGCGCGGAAGAAGUACAGCGAUAUGGAGAGCGAGCGCAAGUCGGCCUGGCUGAAGGACCAUGGCUUCCCUGAAGCAAAGUGCACCAUCAUGUGA